UUUCAGAAAUGGCCGAAUCUUCGGAUUUCGAUUUCUCGAUGACAUCCGUCAAAGAAGAGUGUUUCACUGAAGACUUUUUCAAUUCAAUCAAAAGUAUGAAUACAAAAAGAAGGAAAACAUAUCUUACUAACUUGAUGUCUAGUAAUGAACUUACCAAGAGACAAGAUACGAACCCUGAUUUUGAUUAUUUUUCGUAUCAAAAUGUCAAUUUUUCGUGGAUCAGAUGCCGUAACUGUUUAGCAAUUAUUGUCGACGAACGUUGUGGGAAUAGAUACAAACACAAAAACAAAGAAUGCACAGCUACAAUAAUGCUGCCCGAUUGUAUACCAGAUUAUGAGGACUUGACAUCAGAAAUUACCGAUUUCUGUCUGAAAUCAGGCUUGCCAUUUUCAUUAAUGGCUUCGGAAAACUUUCAAAAUUUUUUGAAAAAUGUUUGUCUUAAAAGUGGGCAUCCGGAUGUUGGGAAUAUUACUUUCCCAACUCGUGAAACAAUUCAAAAUUAUAUUUGUGCUGAUUAUGAGCACAUUAUUGAAUCAAUUGGCCUUAAGAUUCGAAAAAAAGUGAAAUGCAAAGAAGCUAAUUUGUUAAUUGAUCUUGGAAAGUACUACCAUGAUUAUCUAAAUGCCCUUGUUCUUUACAUGGAUGAUGGUUUAGAAAAACUUGAACUUCAAGUUGUUCCGUAUGCUUUCAAAAUGACGUCAUCAUCUAAAUCUGCAAUUCAUAUGAAAGAAUUGUUGGUUCAAGCUGGAGAAAAAUUUGGUUUAUCACCGGAAGACGUGACUUCAAUGACAUUGAUAUCUGAUGACACUGAAAAUAUGAAAAAUAAAUUAUUGAAAACCAUAUGGUCACUUCUCCCAAAAAGUAUUUUUAUGCGGUUUUUACAUAAUAAUUUAUUCAAACAAUAAUCUGACAAUAAAACAACAAAAUUUUUCU